AUUAAUAAAAGAUAUUGAAUUGUGAGCUAGGGACAAAUAUUCUGACAUAGGGGCAGUAAUAUGACUGAAAUCUGUGAGCCCUUGAACUUGGCAAGGGAUGUAAAAAGGUCAAUAGAAUUAUUAGAAAAGCUUCAGGCUAGCGGAGAUUUUCCAACCACAAAAUUGGCCGCAUUACAAAAAGUUCUAAAUUCUGAUUUUUUGAACUCUGUGCGUGAAGUCUAUGAACACGUUUACGAAACAGUUGAUAUACAAGGCUCACACGAUGUUCGGGCGUCUGCAACAGCUAAAGCAACUGUGGCUGCUUUUGCUGCCAGUGAAGGCCAUGCACAUCCAAGAGUUGUAGAAUUGCCAAAAACAGAGGAAGGUUUGGGCUUCAAUGUCAUGGGAGGCAAAGAGCAGAAUUCUCCCAUUUAUAUAUCGCGAAUAAUACCAGGUGGUGUUGCAGAUAGACAUGGAGGGCUAAAAAGAGGAGAUCAGCUACUUUCAGUAAAUGGAGUGUCGGUUGAAGGGGAAAAUCAUGAAAAAGCAGUUGAAUUAUUAAAGCAAGCGGUUGGUUCCGUAAAGCUUGUGGUACGUUACACACCCAAGGUUCUUGAAGAAAUGGAAAUGCGGUUUGAUAAACAACGUAAUACACGUCGUCGUCAAUAGAGCUAACAAAAAUGUAUCUUACAAUUGCAACAAACAUUUUAACAUGCUUUAUAAAUUACAUAAUGCGCUCUUUAAUGCAGUUACAAGGGUUGCUGCCUUAUAUAAAAAAAAAAUUUAAAAAGCUAGUGUGAACUCGACCAUAUAUUAUAAAUUUGUUUUAACUAAAGGGUUAAAAUUACAUAUGGAUAUAUUCAACUUUCUAGCUUAUGUCCGCUGAACGAUAAUCAACUUUAUUGCCAGAAUUACAACAUAUUUACAUUAAUUUUUUUUUUUUAAUAAAACUCGACCAAAUAUUAUAAAUUGGUUUUAACUAAAGGGUUAAUAUUACAUAUGGAUGUAUCAUACUUUCUAGCUUAUAUCCGCUGAACGAUCAACUUAAUUUUAUAUAUUUACUUGUUUGCCAGAAUUACAACAUUUUUACCUUAAAUUUGAUUUGUAAGAUGAACGAGUCUACUGUUAGUCUUUAAUUGAUACCCAAGUUUUAUCCCAAUUUUAAUGUGGCUAAAACUAAUGGUAGUCAACAAAUAAGAUAAAUAAUGAAAAUUUUAAAACUUUUCAAAUGUCUGUUGAUUCCGAUAAUAAAUAGCUUAAAAAAAUUAAAUAUGUUAACCUCUUAUUCAAUUUAUUAAGCGGCAACCCACCCUCGUAUUGUAUAAUUUAGUAUCUCAAAUAUCAAGUUGCUUAUGUGCUAUAUUAAUAAUAUGAUUUUAAGAAUGCAAUAAUUAACAUACCCAAAAGCAUAAAAAAUAAACAUAUUUCUUGUACACAAUU